AUGUUUGGCGAUCGGAGAUCUCCCGCAGCGCGUCGGAGAGCGGCGGGGAACCGACAGGCUCCGCAAGCACCGUCACAUCCGCAAACACGCCCGCCGCAACCGGUACAGACCUUUGUGCGGUCCCCGUACGACGACGAAGCGUCGAACAUGUCCUCCCGUCGACGGAAUCUCGCUUUAUUCAAGUACGGAUCUACCACAAAACGCAGUACUUCUUCGAUGGAUCGAUCGAGACAGCACGCCAAAGAAAUUGCGCUCAAGCUGACAACGUCGGCGAGUCUCCCCAAUUCCAGCUUUGGGGAAUUUGCCGAUUUCUCGUCGGCCUUUGGAUCGACAGCGACGCCUGCACCGUUCACGACUGCCACUGCUAGCAGGGCUACUACUACGACUCGAAGUAGUAAAAAGUUGAACGAUCAAGGACGACAGAAUCAAUACACGUCGCCGAGGACAUCGUCUCAGCCUCCCGUCAAGAACGAAUUUUUUGAUACGGAUCCCUUUCCGGACUCUAUAGGAGCCACACCUGCCGAAUCCCGAGAAGAACCGCGACGAGCACCCCCAUCACUGCCGAGCAAAGAAGAUGCUUUCUUUACCGCAGAGUUCGGUCAAAUGUCCGUCGAUACCCAUCCAAAUCGAUCGACAAGUGCACAGUCUUCCUCCUUUGUGGUCGCGGAAUGGCCUUCGGAAGAGCAAUCGAUGGCUACCAUGCCCGCUAACUCAUCAAUGCAGAGUCACUACGCCAUGUCGCAUCAAGAGCAGUAUCAAACACGGCCACAAACACCUCCCCCACCACCCCCGCGACCGAAACAACGGACACAACGAAGGGUCACCACACCACCACCAAAUGAAACAAGAACCACUCCGCGACGAUCCGUUCCUGCCUCCCUGGGGCAUGAAGCAUCGACAACACCCAAUCAACGGUUGGUCAACGACCCAGCCGCCGUCUCACCCAAUCCCUCCGUGAACUCGAGCGGAACCGCUGCUGCUAGACGAAGGCUGCGCGCGCAGCGCCGCAAAGGCGGUGAGAGAACGGACCAUGGAGACCGACAGUCCGAGCCGGAGAACACCCUACUCACAACGCCUCUUUCUGCCAAACGACACGACAAUUUCGAUAAUGUACCGGUAAACAGCGGUCACAACGCGACGACGUAUGCACCAACAACGGCAACACCACCGUCGUCACGGAAGCUGCAGGAUCAUACCGCACCCCUCUCCAACAGAGCGUUCUCAUCGGCUGCUCUGAAGUCGACGAAUCAAUCGGCGGGUUCAUGGUCUACACAACACAGACCAGACCUUGGUGCCCGACAGUCCGAGCCGGAAGACGCCCUACUGACAGUGUCAGUUUCUGGCACCCGACAUAGCACUUUCGAUAAUGCCCCGGUAAACAACGGUCGCAGCGCGACGACGUAUGCACCAACAACGGCAACACCAUCGUUGUCACGAAAGCUACAGGAUCAUACCGCACCCCUUUCCAACAGAGCGUCCUCAUCGGCUGCUCUGAAAUCGACGAAUCAAUCGGCGGGUUCAUGGUCUACACAACACAGACCAGACCUUGGUGCCCGACAGUCCGAGCCGGAAGACGCCCUACUGACAAUGCCAGUUUCUGGUACCCGACAUAGCAAUUUCGAUAAUGCCCCGGUAAACAGCGGUCUCAGUGCGACGAUGUACGCAGCCACAACAGCAACACCACCGUCGUCACGAAAGCUGCAGGAUCAUACCGCACCCCUUUCCAACAGAGCGUCCUCAUCGGCUGCUCUGAAAUCGACGAAUCAAUCGGCGGGUUCAUGGUCUACACAACACAGACCAGACCUUGGUGCCCGACAGUCCGAGCCGGAAGACCCCCUACUGACAAUGCCUGUUUCUGUCAAGCGACAUAGCAAUUUCGAAAAUGUACCGGUAAACAGCGGUCUCAGUGCGACGAUGUACGCAGCCACAACAGCAACACCACCGUCGUCACGAAAGCUGAAGGAUCAUACCGCACCCUUCUCUAACAAAGUACCCUCAUCGGCUCCGGGGAAGUCGACGAAUUUUUCGGCGGGUUCAAGGUCGAUGGAUCAUAGAACUGACCAUGGCGCCCGACCAUCUGAGCCGGAGGACGCCGUACUGACAAUGCCUGUUUCUGUCAAACGACAUAGCAAUUUCGAUCAUGCACCGUUGAACAGUAGUCACAGCGCGACAACGCAUGCACCGAUAACGGCAAUACCACCGUCGUCACGGAAGCUUCAGGAUCAUGUGGCGCACUACUCCAACAAAACAUCCUCGUCGGCUGCUCUGAAAUCUACGAUUCAUUCGGCAGGUUCAAUGUCUACCAACCGCUCCGUUUCGAGUAACACCACUACCAAAUCGAUGGGUUCCUCGACGACGAGUUCGGAUGCAAAUGUGUUCAAUUCUCAUAUAGAAUCGGCAGGAUUCACUUUUGACGCCUUUGGUCUCGACGCAUCCACUUUGAAUCAAGAAGUGUCACAGGCCAUGAGCGAGAUUGACACAAACAACGUCAUUGGCUUUGCUGACGAGUUUUCCUCUUCCUUGUGGAUGGGUGAUUCCCCUUCUUCAUCCCGGUCGUCUACACCCAACGUUAGUUUGGAAGAGGCAGAUGGCUUCGUGGAUGGCUUUCGGGUAACUCAGCCGAAGCAGAAUAUUCCAAUCGACGUAAAGGACUUUCCUUCGACUACGGCACAAUCGCCAAUGAAUUUUGAUACUUCAUCGAGUCGGCCAUUCGAUGGUCAUUCCGGACACGUCAAUCGAUUCAAGGGACACGGAGAAUUUGCUGUUACCAAGCGGCCACCAUUGAUGGAUGAAGAGACACCACUAUCCAUGAAAGGCCAUUCGGAGAGCAAUGCUACACCUCAACCGCUCGGGAAUAUCACGUCAGCAACACCGUUCAGAUCAUUCGGCGCCUUUACGGUCGCUGCCUCUAACUCCAAGGCUCGCGUCAAGAAGGUAACAUCGACUUCAAAAAGUGGUUAUAUACAACGGCAUCCCCAUGCGCAUAAGACAGUCCAUGCUUCACCAACACGGAUGCUGCCUGCGACGCCGUCUCAAAGCAAGCCAGUUCCAACCUCGCCAAGACAUAUGCAACCACAAAACGAAGUUGAAUUCGUCGACGAUUUAGAAUCCGAGGAAUCUACACCAAAAGCUUCGUUGGUUGAGGCUUCGGAAAUCGGAGCGCGGUUGGAUAUUGGCUCAGAGUCCGAUAAUGGAGUAAAUUCGGAUUAUAUUGGGAGGCCGUCGAACCUCUCGUUGUUGAAGAUUCCUGCUGCGACGGCAUCGAACAAGGACAAAAAAAAGCUCAACCCCGACACACUGAUGCCAGAACCGAACGAGACGGUUGCGAAUGAAGAAAAGAAAGACGAAGACACAGGAGCAAGUCUGGAAAAGACAGUAGGUUCUCUCAAGUCACACUGGGAAAAUCGAGUGUCAUCAGCUCAAUUCACGCCGCCAGCUUGCGUGGAAGGUUCAAGACGACCAGUAAUCAUUCCGCGCGAGGAGAUUUCAGGCCUGCAAUCAAAGUUAGGCGACAGCAUUUUGUCACCGGAGAGAUUGGAACAGCACCAAAGUGUGCUGUCAGAGGAGGCGCAAUUGCCAAUGGAAAGAAUUACGACGAAAGCGGCCUUUUCAAGUAUUCAGCAUGGUUUGCGGUCGUCGCCUGCACUAGAUGCGCACGAAACGAAAAUGACCAAGUCGGAAGGCGGUGCAGCCGUUCGUCAUUCACAUUUAAGUCAGGUUUUGAAUAGUCUACAGAAAAGCGAAAAAGAAGAUUCGCUCAGAGAUACACAAUCUGAUACAGGCGCGCCGGUCACUUUUGCCGUGAGAUUGCGUAAGACGGGUUUUGAUGAUCGCACAUGCUCGUCAGAUGAUUCAGAGUCGAGACAAAGUGGGCAAAAGAAAGAGGAAAACGAGACUGAAACGUCGCCUAGCGCUAGUGAUAAGUCGACUGAAGAAAUUGUAGAACACACAUACGGUGAACGAUGUGAGCUGGAGUUGCAAAAGCAACGCGAAGAGGAAGAUAAUUUGCAAGGCAGCAAAAAUGGAGAAGAGUUCUCUGACCCGUAUGCUCGACCUCAAAUAAUAAAUCGUGUUGCGUGCAACAAGCAAAAAAGAGUUGACGAGUCUGAAGAGCAGCAGUCGGGCCAUCAGCUACAUUCACAUCAGUUGAGUACUACUUCGGAUGAGUGUAAAAUAGAACACUAUACGAUUGGAGUUGACUCAUCGGAACAGUCCGAGGGCUCCAGGCAAGACGAAGUUCCGGAGUUAAAGUCAGCUUCAACUACCGGUAUGCUACAAGAGAAACUAUCGCCGAGCCGUCGUCGUAAUUCUGACCUCAUUAUUGAACCAGAGCACGAUGACAAAAGCCAUACCAGCGAACCGAAACCUCUUGUCCCUCCCAGUGCUGCCGUAUCGCAUUUGUUGAUGUUGCAGCAACUGCAGCAACGCCAAGAACCUUCAGAUCAUAACUCUGUCGCUUCCGGUCGAGGAAGUCUUUCGGUUAUGACUACUGAUACAGUAGUGUCAGAAGAGAGUCAACCGCGGUCGACAAAAGCACACACUCCGAAGGCAACUAUGAUGAUGCUAAAUGCAUUCCUAGCCGGCCGCGAGUCAAUUACCUCCUGUAGCGAAGAUAAACAAGCCAAGCCGGACCUCAUCGAUUUCGAAGGCGAGGGUUCAGAUUUCAAGUCGCCACCCAAAGGUGCUCAACCCGCUCCAAAUUCAAAUCUUCCGGCGCUAAAGGACGAUCCUACGUACGAACGGUACCUUAAAAUGUUGAAGGUCAGUAUGCCUCUCGAAGUCGUAAAACAUGCUAUGAUACGAGAUGGUUUAGACCCUACUGUAUUGGAUGGUGAUCACAAUAAGCCCGCAGGCAUUCUGCUCAAAGACGACCCAGCAUAUCAAAAGUACUUCAAAAUGCUCAACAUUGGGCUUCCAAUGGAAGCUGUAAAACAUGCGAUGGAACGCGAUGGUUUGGAUUCGCACGUAAUGGACUUGGAUCACAACCUCCCGGUGGCGAAUGGGAAAGCGAUUGUUGAACAGGAGCCGCAAGAGAAAGACUCACAUCGCCGAGCCCGGCUUCAUUGGAAAACGUUGCGCAAGGUCACGUCAAAUUCGCUUUGGGCUCAAAUUGACCAGGACGAUGAGCUCGAAAAUAUUGAUAUCGACGAAGAAGAAUUCCAAGAGCUCUUUCAAGUAGAGAAAUCGGAGACGGUCACGCCAGUUAAAGCCGCCGUUGUUACUGAAAAGAGUAGUGCAUCGGUCAGAGUAAUUGACGCAAAGCGGGCGAACAAUGGUGGUAUUAUCCUUGCAAGACUUAAAAUGUCCCAUGAUGACAUGGCUGAUGCUGUGGACCGUAUCAACGAACACGCUUUGUCCGCAGAACAGAUAGAAAAAAUGAUUGAGUUUCUUCCAACCAAGGACGAACGCAAAGCUCUUGAAGCGUAUAUGCUCGGGGGUGGUCAGGACGCGGCAGAAAAAUUCGAAGGACUUUGUGAAUGCGAAAAGUUCAUGGUUUCUAUGAUGACGGUUAAGCAUGCGAAACAGAAAGUCAGAGCGCUUCUUUUCCGCCUACAAUUCGAGACGUGCAUCCAGGAUAUCCAAAAGGAUACAGUAGUGGUCGAAGCAGCGUGCGAUGAACUUAGCAACUCUAUCCGGCUCCGUCAACUACUCGGCAUUGUUCUUACGUUUGGAAACAGAUUAAACACAGCAGGCAAUAGGAAGCGGAAAGCAGGGGCUUUUACUUUGGAUUCGUUGCUGAAGCUCAAUCAAGCCAAGGCAUUUGACAAAAAGACAACGUUUUUACAGUACAUAGUACUUAUCGUUCGACGAAACAACGAGCUCCUUCUUCGUUUUAAGGACGAUCUUCCAUCAGUUCUGCAAGCAGAUAAAGUAUUUUGGGAUCAAUGCGUCUCUGAUCUUGAAGAGGUGGAAAACCAACUCGAAAAUGUCCGUCGCAUUGCCCUCCACCAGGCGAGGCAAGCCAAAAGUUAUCGUCUGCCGCGGAAGAAAAGCCGCGGCGAAGAGAACGAAGAAGAUCUAAGUGAUGCUGAUAUCUCUUUGUCUUUGGAGGAAGAGGUUGAAGCGCUGAGAGCUACUCCGAUUGGCCUAUUUACUUUGUCGGCGAUCAAGUACGUUUCCUCGCUGCGAGACAAGGUUGAAGAGACCAAGAGCAAGUUUGCUAGCCUCUUAGAGUAUUUUGGCGAAGACGACAAGGAGAUGCAGCCACACCAGCUUUUCAGCAUCAUCGUUUCCUUCAGCCGCGAUUUCGAAAAAGCGAAGAAUCAAGUUUUUACAGAGGAGAAGAGGAAGCAGCGGGAGGAGCGGAAACGACAAGCAAAAAGUAAUGGCCUGGCGAAUGAUGGAAAGCCACUAAAGCCCUCGCCUACGCCAUUGUCGGAGCCAAAGGCUUAUAACGGCUCGAGUACUUCACCGUCGUUGCGGAAAGCGCUUGAUUCGGAAUACGAAUCUUCAACACCAAGUCAAAGGGUUUUAGUUGAGACUCCUCUGGCUCGUCGAAACGAUCAUCUUCACUCUGAGAAGGAAAGUGCCUCAGAAUUCGACGUCAGCAUCGAUAACAGGGGUGAUUGUACUGAUGCUGCUACGUCGAAUCUUUCCAUCCAAAGUCAAUCAUCGGGUGCAGCGCAUCUUACCAAUACCCAGGUCCCUUCAAAAGUCGAAAAUAUGCAAAGUUUUACUGGCGGUAGAGACGAGACGAGCACUUGUAUGUCUUUCGACACCAAUCCUCACGCAAAAGCCAAUGAGGACGACAACGACAAACAUAACGGCUUGGUAAGCACUGCAGCCAAGUCUCACGAUUCCAGCGAGCAGAACCAACCGAUUGCAGCUACACCCAGCAUGAGGGCUGCCUUGAGAACCAAAGCCCGUCUGCGUCGGCAACGCUUUACGACCGCUUCCGUACAGUCAUCUACUAUUUCGAUAGAUUCGGGCGCAGAGGAUGACUCCCAAAUGACCCCCAACAGCGGCGAGCCUACAACAGCCGACAUGGUUUGUGUUCAAGCUCCCACGUCUAAUCAAUCGGACAGUCGCAAUCGUAGCAGCUUGGAGCAGCACAUCUCUCAGCAAGCGGAAACUCAUGAAAUUUUUUCUAUGGAUGAGGCUUUAGAACUUGACUAAGUAAUGCACUUGUUAAAUAGCUUUGU